ACUCUAAGACAGUUAAUCAUUCGGCUCUGAUGCAGGAUCCGUCCAGCAUUCCUGAGUCGCUGCUCCGACGACCGCUGAGGCCACAUGGCUGCUCCACAACCCAGCAGCAGAUCUGAGAGCAGACGUGGAGGAGUCCUGGUGAAGAUCAGAGAGUUUGACCCUAAGACGGUUUUCUCCUGGCAGCUGCUGAAGACGCUGGCCAUGGGUCAGGGUCUGGCUGCUCUCAUCUGCGGCACUGCCGUCUCUUCCCAGUUCCUGGCAUCACACUUCCAUGUGAACACGCCCAUGAUGCAGAGCUUCCUGAUCUACUCGCUGCUGUGUGUUACCUACACCACCAUGCUGUUCUGCAGGACAGGGGACGACAAUAUUUUGGAGAUUCUUAAGAGACGGUGGUGGAAGUACUUGUUGCUGGGGCUGGUGGAUGUGGAAGCCAACUACACUGUGGUCAAAGCGUACCAGUACACCACUCUCACCAGUGUGCAGCUUUUGGACUGCUUUGUGAUCCCGGUCCUGAUGGUUCUGUCCUGGUGGAUUCUGAAGACACGUUACAGAGUGGUCCACUACGUUGCUGUCUGCAUCUGUCUCUUUGGAGUGGGGGCUAUGGUGGGGGCCGAUCUGUUGGCUGGAAGAGAUCAGGGCUCGGCCUCCAAUGUCCUGUUGGGAGAUGGUUUGGUGCUGCUCAGUGCUUCUCUGUACGCCGUGUCCAACGUGUCUCAGGAGUAUACCGUGAAGAAUCUGAGCCGAGUGGAGUUCCUGGGGAUGGUAGGCCUGUUCGGUACCAUCAUCAGCACUGCACAGAUGGUUGUCCUGGAGCACUAUGAGAUUUCCACCAUCAAGUGGAGCUGGCAAGUUGGCCUCCUGCUGGCUGCCUACACUCUGAGCAUGUAUGCUCUCUACAGCUUUAUGCCCAUGAUGAUGAAAGUGAGCAGCGCCACCUCGGUCAACCUGUCACUGCUCACCGCCGACCUCUUCAGCCUUUUCUGUGGGAUCUUCCUGUUCCAGUACAACUUCUCUGGACUCUAUGUGAUCUCCCUCAUCGUCAUCCUGAUUGGCUUCAUUGCCUUCAACGUUGUCCCAACUCCUGCUAACCCCUCAGACAACAGCAGCACCUCCUCUUCCACCUCCAUCUCUGAGGAUGGAUGCUAUGACAACCCAGUGGCCACAGAAAAUGCCUUCACCCAAAUGGAGCUGUCUGUUAAGAUCCCCGCUGAGGUAAAGGAGGAAGAGGACCUAAAAGAGAGGAAGAUGAGUGCUUCGAGGUCAUGCCGGAGUCUUGGAGGAAACAAAAGUGAUGGAGAACUUACUGAACAAAGCACCAAACUUUGAAUGAAUCGUAAAGACAAAAUAAUCAAUAUUUAUUUAUUGAGCUGUUAUCAAAACAAAGCUGGAAUAGUCAUGAGGACAAAUGUUCUUUUUUAUAUCGUUGGUGUGAGUUUGUGUGAUUUGUAACAAAGAAAAAUCUAAAAUGUCUGAUUUAACUGUUUAACUGUUAAAGAAAAGCUAUAAAAACUGGAUGAAUUA